CUCUCCUCUCCUCUCCAUCCUCACCACACCUCUCCCUCUCUUCCCUCUAUCCUCUCCAUACCUCUGGCCCUCCAUAUCCCAUGAUGCCUUGCUCCAAGCCACUGCGCUAGGCCCCAGCAGUAUGGGCAGAGCCUGGGAGGGGAGAGAGAGCUCUGAUUGGACCAGGUCGGGUCCCCCUUCCUUUGCUUCCAAUGGGGGAGGACACUGAGAGCUCCAAAGUCAACCACAGCUUCCUGCGAGACUACGUCACCGAAGCUGAUGUAAUCUCUACGGUGGAGUUCAACCACACAGGAGAUCUGCUGGCUACGGGGGACAAGGGAGGCAGAGUUGUCGUCUUCCAGAGAGAGACCGUGGUUGGUCAUAAGCCUAAAGGGGAGUUGGAGCAGGUUGGGGAGACAGGUGAGUCGGGGGAGUAUAAUGUGUACAGUACCUUCCAGAGCCACGAGCCUGACUUUGACUACCUGAAGAGUCUGGAGAUCGAGGAGAAGAUCAACAAGAUACGAUGGCUGCCGCAGCAGAACGCCGCCCACUUCCUGCUCUCCACCAACGAUAAGACCAUCAAGCUGUGGAAGGUGAGUGAGAGAGAUAAGCAACCGGAGGGCUACAACCUGAAAGAUGAGGAGGGCAGGGUGAAGGACUUCUCUACAGUCACAUCACUACAGGUUCCUGUGUUGAGGCCUACAGACCUGAUGGUGGAGGUGCGCCCUAGGAGGGUGUUCUCUAAUGGCCAUACCUACCAUGUUAACUCCAUAUCGGUCAACAGUGAUGGAGAGACCUACCUGUCAGCUGAUGACCUGAGGAUCAACAUGUGGCAUCUGGGGAUCACAGACCGCAGCUUCAACAUCGUGGACAUCAAGCCAGCCAACAUGGAGGAGCUAACGGAGGUGAUAACAUCGGCAGAGUUCCAUCCUCACCACUGUCACCUGUUUGUCUACAGCAGCAGUAAGGGAACUCUACGUCUCUGUGACAUGAGGGCCUCGGCACUUUGCGACAAACACACCAAACUCUUUGAGGAACCAGAGGACCCAGGAAGCCGUUCAUUCUUCUCUGAGAUCGUGUCGUCGGUGUCGGAUGUGAAGUUCAGUCACAACGGGCGGUACCUGCUGACCAGGGAUUACCUGACGGCCAAGGUGUGGGACCUACACAUGGAGAAAGGCCCUGUAGAAACCUACCAGGUUCAUGACUACCUGAGGAGUAAGCUGUGCUCUCUGUACGAGAAUGACUGCAUAUUUGACAAGUUUGAGUGUGUCUGGAACAGCUCCGACAGUGUGAUAAUGACGGGGGCGUACAACAGCUUCUUCCGGAUGUUUGACAGGGAGACGGGGCGGGGCGUGACCCUGGAGGCAUGGCGAGAGACCAGUAAGCCGCGAGCUGUGCUGCGGACGCGACGGGUCUACUCCGGGGGCAAGCGUCGUCGUGGCGACGUGGGGGUGGACAGUCUGGACUUCACUAAGAAGAUCCUCCACAUGGCCUGGCACCCCGAGGAGAACAUCAUCGCCAUAGCCUCCACCAACAACCUCUACAUCUUCCAGGACCGGGUCAACCCCGACACACAGGGUCCAGACCUGAAUUCAAAUACCAUUUAGGACCGGGUCAGCCCCGACACACAGGAUCCAGACCUGGGUUCAAAUACCAUUUAGGACCGGGUCAGCCCCGACACACAGGGUCGAGACCUGGGUUCAAAUACCAUUUAGGACCGAGUCAGCCCAGACGCACAGGGUCGAAACCUGGGUUCAAAUACCAUUUAGGACCGAGUCAGCCCAGACGCACAGGGUCGAAACCUGGGUUCAAAUACCAUUUAGGACCGAGUCAGCCCAGACGCACAGGGUCGAAACCUGGGUUCCAUCUAGACACCUGGUGACACAUCUGGACACCUGGUGACACAUCUGGACACAUCUGGACACCUGGUGACACAUCUAGACACCUGGUGACACAUUUAGACACCUGGUGACACAUCUAGACACCUGGUGACACAUCUGGACUAAUCUAGACACCUGGGGACACAUCUGGACUAAUCUAGACACCUGGGGACACAUCUAGACACCUGGUGACACAUCUAGACACCUGGUGACAUAUCUAGACCCUCCUGGACACCUGGUGACACAUCUGGACACAUAUAGACACCUGGAGACACACUUGGACACAUCUAGACACCUGGUGACACACCUGGACACAUCUAGACACCUGGUGACACACCUGGACACAUCUAGACACCUGGUGACACACCUGGACACAUCUAGACACCUGGUGACACACCUGGACACAUCUAGACACCUGGACAAGCUGAUCCUAGAUCUGUGCCUAAUGGCAAUUUCUACCCUGAGCUACUAAGUCACUUGUGCUUCCAUCCAUCCGCUCAUAAAGGCUGCGUCCCAAAUGGCACCCUAUUCCCUAUGUAGUGCACUACAUUGGACCUGGGACCAUAAGGCUCUGGCCAGAAGUAGUGCACUAUAUAGGGAAUACUAGGUUGAUUGUAUUCUCAUGUCCUCCACCAUGUUCUGUAAAUACUACUGUCUGUCUGUCCGUCCGUCCGUCCGCCCGUCCGUCCUUCUGUCUGUCUGUCUGUCUGUCUGUCUGUCUGUCUGUCUGUCUCUGUCUCUGUCUCUGUCUCUGUCUCUGUCUCUGUCUGUCUGUUGUUUUUAAACUUAGGGCUGGAUCAAUCCGUAUAGCCAAAAAGCAUCACGGAAGAUCUGGUUUUAAAAUGUGAAGGUAAUUUCCGAUUGUGCCGACAUAUGCAGCGUUUACCUUGAACGCGGUCUCCGUGACAGCGGGAACAUUGCCUUUAAUUGUCAAUCGCACUAUAAAGCGGAUCUUCAUCUUUACAAAUGUAAUAGAACCCCUAGUUACCUGUCUGUCUGUCUGUCUGUCUGUCUGUCUGUAACCUAGUUAUCUCAGUGGUCAACCCUUAUAUAGAGUCAGAGCUAUAUAGUGAGGCUGUGCAAGGUUUUGAUCCUGCCCACCACUAACACACUUUGAAUACAGCUAAUCAAGGUGAUUAGUCGAAAUCAGGUGGGUUAGUGCAGGGCUGGAACUAAAGCCUGCACAGCUUGUAUUGAUGCUCUUUCAGGGUUGGUGGCCACUGGUUUAAAGGGGCAAUCUGAGAUUGAUGCUCUUCCAGGGUUGGUGGCCACUGGUUUAAAGGGGCAAUCUGAGAUUGAUGCUCUUUCAGGGUUGGUGGCCACUGGUUUAAAGGGGCAAUCUGAGAUUGAUGCUCUUCCAGGGUUGGUGGCCACUGGUUUAAAGGGGCAAUCUGAGAUUGAUGCUCUUUCAGGGUUGGUGGCCACUGGUUUAAAGGGGCAAUCUGAGAUUGAUGCUCUUCCAGGGUUGGUGGCUACUGGUUUAAAGGGGCAAUCUGAGAUUGAUGCUCUUCCAGGGUUGGUGGCCACUGGUUUAAAGGGGCAAUCUGAGAUUGAUGCUCUUCCAGGGUUGGUGGCCACUGGUUUAAAGGGGCAAUCUGAGAUUGAUGCUCUUCCAGGGUUGGUGGCCACUGGUUUAAAGGAGGAAUCUGGAAUUCCACGACAUCACACGGCUUGAGUUCUCUGUCCCACAGUCAUACCCAUUAGUGUAGUGGUGUCACCGCGUCAAACCUCACGGCUAACCAAUCAGUAAGAGGGUUGUUGUGUUGUGGUUAGGACCAUAGCAGCAGCAGCAGCAUGUUAUCCAGUGUCACUAUCGUUGUAUAUCUAUCAUGCCUGUAUAACUAACAGUUAUCUAAACACUCUAAAUGAACCCUCAGACGAGGCCGUUCGAUGAAGGAACGUGUAUCAAAAUAAAUAUAAUAUGAAUCUGA